GGCCUGCUCAGCCCGGCGCCCGGCCCCGCGCCCGCCAGCCUCGGCCUCGGCCUGGGACUCGGGCUGGACAUGCAGCGCCAGAGAAGGCGAGUCGCCUCCCAGCGCUGCUCUCUCGAGUUCCUGGAAGAUGCUGUGGGAUGUGCCUCAGUACAGAGAACCAAACACAUAUCCGGAUCCCCAAGACACAAAGGCCUGAAGAAGACUCACUUCAUCAAGAACAUGAGGCAGUAUGAUACAAGGAACAGCAGGAUCGUGCUCAUCUGCGCCAGGCGGUCCCUGUGUGCGGCCUUCUCAGUGCUGCCCUACGGAGAAGGCCUGCGGGUCAGUGACCUCAGGGUGGACAGCCAGAAGCAGAGGCACCCCUCCGGUGGCGUCUCCGUGUCUUCUGAGAUGGUCUUUGAGUUGGAAGGCGUCGAGCUGGGAGCAGAUGGGAAGGUGGUGUCUUAUGCCAAGUUCUUGUAUCCUACCAAUGCCCUGGUCACACACAAGACGGACAGCCACGGCCUGCCGCCCCAGCCCCGGCCCAGCGUCCCCCGCGCUCUGCCAGGCUCAAGAUACAAACCAGCCCCGGCCAAGUCAGCGCCAGCCGGCACGGAGCUAGGGAGUGACGCAGGGGAUGCGCUGGAGUAUAACCCCAACCUCCUGGACGACCCACAGUGGCCCUGCGGCAAGCACAAGCGGGUCCUCAUCUUCGCCUCUUACAUGACCACGGUGAUAGAGUACGUGAAGCCCUCUGACCUCAAGAAGGACAUGAACGAGACUUUCCGAGAGAAGUUCCCGCACAUCAAACUGACAUUGAGCAAGAUCCGGAGUUUAAAGCGGGAGAUGCGGAACCUUUCUGAGGAGUGCAGCCUGGAGCCCGUGACGGUGUCCAUGGCCUACGUGUACUUUGAGAAGCUCGUCCUGCAGGGCAAACUCAACAAGCAAAACCGCAAGCUGUGCGCUGGGGCGUGCGUGCUGCUCGCUGCCAAGAUCAGCAGCGACCUCCGCAGGAGUGAAGUGAAGCAGCUCAUCGACAAGCUAGAAGAAAGGUUUCGAUUCAACAGACGGGAUCUAAUUGGGUUCGAGUUCACAGUGCUGGUGGCCUUGGAACUCGCGCUCUACCUUCCCGAGAGCCAGGUGUUACCUCAUUACCGACGCCUCACGCAGCAGUUCUAGCCGAGGCCGGCCUCCACAUGCCGGGAGGCUGGCCUCCGCUGCCGAGACAGCCCUGGUGCAGGCACUCACACGCGGGCCGGGGAGGUGUUCUCAGGCACUGCAGGGCACGCCCACAGGUCCCCACUUCGGCACCCACCUGGCGGGGACCCACCUGCCCUCUGUGACCGACGACCCUGUCUGCACACCCUUGCGUCCUUGGAGGGACACUGCUUUCGUUCCAAAGCACACCAUGCCCAUGGUAUUCCUGAGAGCCUGCUUGCAAUUUCACAGGAACAAGGUGGGAGGUUUCAUGUUCUUUUCCACGUGCCUGAGAGCGGGCUGCAAGGGGACCCUGGCUUACCUUGUGCAGUCAUCCCAGCUCUGCAGCGUCCUUCUCCCUUGCGUCUUCCGCAAACCACAGCUGCUGCGCGAGCAUCUCAGUGAAGAUCUGGGUUUCCAGACCAUACCUGACACACUGAAAUUGCCGAAGUUAACGUAACGAAGCAUCAGUCUUGGCUAUUACGGUUUUCGGAUGUGGAGACGCAGCACUGCACCCCCACGGCUUGGCUGGCUCCCGGCCCAGCAGCGCCCCCCCGGGGAUGCCCAUCUGCCUCCCCCCCGGGGAUGCCCAUCUGCCGCCCCUGUGUCCACAGGCAGAGCUCUGGCGUUGGGUUAAGUCAACCAGAGCAGACUCCGGUUUAUCUCAUUCGUUACUCUUCCGAGCAUCCUGUCACUGUGAAAUCCUGGUGCCCGAGGGUCGCACAGCCCGGCGGGCCUCGGCGCAGACACUGGUCCGCCCCUGGGGGACCUGCCCCUCACCUCUCACCGGGAAACCCUGCUCACCUGCGACACUCUGGACUUUCAGGAUGUCUGGAUUGCUUGCUCUUGGCUCUUGAUCUUCCUAAGCAAUAUUGUGAUGGAGAAAAACAGCGUUAUUUAUUGUUACUUGGGAUUUGGUUCUAUGGGUCUUUUUAAGGGAACAAAAACUGGUUACAUGAGAUCUGUUGAAGUUGACUUGAAACCACACUUGAUCCUCAAGCAGGCAGGAGACGGGCUCCUCCACGGCCCUGCACCCCAUGGCACCACCUCCCUAAAGGGGUCGGUGCUCACAGUUUCUUCCCAGGCAGGAGGGAGCAGCAGUCCCCGCUGUCAUGAAAGGAGCCCAAGGGAUAGUGGCCGUUGCCUGUGCCCCGUGUGCCAACAGGGCCCGUUCUGCUUUCCCAGGUCUGCGUGUCCGUUCCGCACGCUCUGUGACCUGGUUCUCCAGCGUGCUGCCCCACCAAACAGUGAAGAACUGAGGAGUUUCUCCCCUUGAGUCAGCUGCUGUCAGAAAUGACCAUGUUGGCCGGGCCAUUUAGCUGCUUCCCUACUGUUGUCCUAUGAACCUGUCACAGGGCCCUGGCUACAGCCCUGCCUGUACUCAUGUGUGGACCGGUGCUUCUGCAAAAAGGAGACCCCAGUUCUCAUCACAGCGCUCAGGCACCAGCAACUCCACCCAGACCCCAGCAUCCGUGUCUGCCCACAGGCCAGCCAUUCCUUCCUGGGGUGAGGGGAGACUGCAGCAUGGAGGUCAAAGCCCAAGUCCAUAUUCCAAGCUUAUUUAUUGUGGAAUACCGCCCUGUCCUCUCCAACGUGGCCCCUUAAACCACACGUACCCAAGGUGAAGGUGGAAGCUUCCUUCUGGAUAGCAACCUGUCCCACCCCGUGUCUCAAGGAUAUUUUUAGGUUACAAGUACUGCAAGGGACCGACCCCAAGUGUACAUCCCGGUCCACAGCUUCACCUCAGAAAAGGGCACGUGUCCUUGGAACUUCCGUGCAGACCUUAGAACAGCUGAGACGACCGGAGUUCACGUAUUCACAUACAACCCAUAGCUUCUCCCUUGGUGUGUCCUCGUGUCAUCUGUGCAGAAAGCUGCUCUCGUGUGGUGUUCAGCUGUCACUGCAGCAAAGCCAGUAUUGAAGCCAAACUUCAGCCUGAACCCCUCAUUCUCUGGAACAAGCCCAGACGUGUGAGACGUGUCUGAGGGCCUAACAGGGCUCUCAGCACUUGGUAGCAGCUGUCGACUGAAAAGUGCGCUACACGACUAUCUGACCUCAUUGUCCAGUCACAUGUGGUGAUUUGUUUGCAAAUGGUAAUGUAUUUGUGGUUCGAAGUAAAACGUGGUUUUGCAAUGUA